AUGCCUUUCGCCGAAGGCGUAUUCGGGACGACAUGUACAGAGGAGGAGUACCAAGCGUCCCUGGUCACGGCGGAUAACCCAUACCCGAACAUAACCUGCCUAUCGCGAGGACAGAACAUCGGGCUUGCGUUCCUCGUGCAAGCCAGCUUCUUGUCGCUCCUGUCGGUUUUCGUCAUCUACGGCCUCAUACUCAGGAAUAUACAAAGACAUCGUCGGUUUGGAAAAUGGAGACUGUUCAAGUUACCUACGGAUAUCUACAUGUUUACUCUUCUGUCUCUCGAUAUCAUACAGGCCAUGGGUCAAGUUCUCUCUAUCCGAUGGGCGUACAUGGGCAAGCUCGAGACUGGAGGAUAUUGUACGACGCAGGGUCUCUUUCAGCAGUUCGGCGAAGCCGGCGUCGCACUUUGUACCCUCGCGAUCACCAUGCACACCUUCGUCAGCGUCUUCUGGCGUAAAGGAGUACAUAAUCGCCGCGCCGCUAUCAUCGUUGUCUGCCUCAUACUCCUCUUCGUCACGCUCUUCGUGGGCAUCGGUGCAGGCGUACACAAUGACGCUGAUGCGCCAUACAUCACGCCAACACCGUAUUGGUGCUGGAUCAGCGCACGAUACGCGGGCGAACGCCUAGGUGGAGAAUACAUAUGGCUUUGGAUCGCCCUUUUCACGUCUUUCCUCGUCUACGUGCCGCUCUUUCUCUGGAGCGAGGGCUACCUCGCAGUCGACGCCAUAUCAUGGUGGCGUUUCCACCUAACCUAUCGCCACAAGCUGGUUGAAGUCCACGGCGGGCGUCGACGUGCUGUGGCCAUCCUCGCCUACCCCGUCGUCUACUCUGUCCUUGUUUGCCCUGUGUCCAUCAUCCGAUGGAUCGGUUUCGGUUUGGAGACGCGCGGACAAUCAAUCCCAUCGGUCGGCACAUUCAUCUCCAUCUCCAUCUUCGCAUUGUCAGGCUUGAGCAACGUAUUGCUGCUCAUCACUACACGGCCCAAUCUCUUGCUCUUCGGCAGUGUACCGGGAGUGCAGACGGACUACGAAAGCAGUCGUGAAUCGGAUGAUCAAUCGGCUGGUGGUGGCGGUGGCAUCGGGGCCGGUAUCGUGGCCGCGAGCAUGGGUGGCGUGGCGAUUGGCAUCAUGCAGGAAACUGUGAUCGGAGAUCCUGGCGAGGACAUCAUAGGUCAUAUGCACGCCCGGAGCCAGAGCCAGGCCAGCACUUCCACGAUGGUCAGCGAUUCCGCCCAGCCGAUGGGCGUCAAGGAGUCGGACAGGAUGUCGCAUAUGACACAGCAUAGCGAGUCGCCCUCGGCCUACACGACAAGCGAAGCGCAUCUCUGA